CGUAUAAAAAAGGUUGGCUGUUAGAGUGUGGCAAACAACACAAAGCCCCUUCUAACAGAAUGGAUCUAGAGAAAGAAUUUGAAAUUUCCACUGCUUCUAAUAGUACCGAUGGCCCAGCAAUAUCGGGCUCCUCAAUGCCCGCGGCUCUGCAAUUUGUCUUCGGUGUGCUUGGCAACCUGAUUGCCAUUAUUGCACUUUUCACUGCUAGAAAGAAACACAAAUGGAGACCGUUUUACAGACUGGUUCUAGGUUUAGCUUUGACUGAUGGUGGAGGGAUUUUGUUGAUUUUUCCAACAAUCUUUCUUCGAUAUGCAUCGAAUUUCACCUACGAUUUUCCAAAACCUCUCUGUGACUACAGUUCUUUCAUGUUCAUAUUCACGCUGACGUCUUCGGCAAUGAUUGUCUGCGCAUUGUCUUUUGACCGCUUUAUGGCCAUUUUGUAUCCGUUUCGCUACAAUAUGAUUGGGAAGAAAUACCGAGCCAACAUAAUGUUAGGACUGGUGUGGAUAAGCUGUGCUUUCCUUGCAAGUUUGCCACUGAUGGGCCUAGGAUCCAGUUUAUCAUAUUAUCCGGGUUCUUGGUGUUUUUUAAACUUCGUAAGUUUAUCAACUCUAGACAGAGUCAAUUCCUUCAUUUAUUCUAUAAUCGGACUGUUUAUUCUGCUUACAACAUUCAUCUUUAAUCUGUGUGUGGUCAUAACCCUCUGCAGAAAUCUCGCGACAAACAAAAGAAUUUCUCAGAAAAGCAGGAAGAAAAGCGACAUCUUCAACGUUGUCUUCUUGUUGGUUUUAGUUUUGGUCUUUGCAACCUGUUGGACUCCACUUAUGAUUGUUAUAUUUGGACAUGCCGCGGCGUGGGCGGCGGAUAAUGGCAAGUUGGAAUUGUUUGUCGUCCGUCUUGCAGUCACAAACUCCAUUGUCGAUCCCUGGAUCUAUAUCCUGUUCCGAAAAGAAAAUAUGAUUCUAAUUACACGAAAAAUCGGAAACAUCUGGGGCAAAAUAAGCGUUUCAAGCAGCAGUGUUAGCAAUGACGUCAUACCGUCACCAGAUGCACGCAAACAAAGCUUUGAAAAUACGCUGUCGUCUGCCAGAACACUAUCUACAGACGAUGUCACUGUUUAGCAAGGGCAAUAAAAAGAUAAAUAUGGUUCAUGUCAAUGUGUACGCUUCGAAAGAAUUGAUAAAGAUAUAAAUGUACAUUGAAAAUGAUUAUACAUGCUAUGUCUGUUCGAAGUUUAUUUCUUGUGUACAGAAUUUGUAGUUUAAAACGUCAAAUAUAACUCUUUAGAUGUUUGAUAUCGAUAGAAUUAUUUAAAGAAAAUAGAAAUAGUGCUUGGCAUGCAGAUCGAUGCUCCAUUGAAUGCUUCAUUAUUUAGAAGAGUAUGGGUUCAGCCACCCUGUCAUUUAGCUUUGUUUACAGUCGUUAUGACAACAGAAAAAGAACUCUGAUUUUUGCAAUACUCCAAACACUUUUCUCCUUCUCUGCUACGCGCUUCAUUUAAACAAUAAAAUGUUUUCUUUGGUGAAUCAUUCGGGAUAUGAAGGUAGCGACAUUGCAGGGAAAAUACAUUUUUCUUUAACUAAUUAAUAAAUUGAUUAUAAAAAGUUAGUAAAAUUCACUAAAUUACUAGUACACUUAAUGUGCAUAAGUACGUUAGCUAAAAGAAACAGCCAAAUCGUCUCCUAAAAGACCUUGAGUCUGGCAUCAUCAUGAUUAUUUCGUGCAGUCCGUGAUUUUACGUAGUUCGCUGUAGGUUCAGACCAAUCGAUAAACAGGGCGUGUCAAUUUCAGUUCUGUGAGUUUCAGCCGCUGUAGAUAUCGACAAAUCGAUAGAUUUCAGUCUGGCUGUUUCUAUAGAGCUAUGAAUUAACUACAACUUUCCGUAAGAAAAAGAGGAAAUUAUACUUGGUAGAUGUAAAUAUAUGAAAGUGAGAUAGCAUGCAUUAGGAACUCUGUAAUGGAAUUCAAAACUUACUGACUGAAUGUUGUAAUUGUUCUUUCAACCCAAGGUUUUAAGAGAAUUAGAAUUUGGAAU